AUGUCAGAGCUUGAAGAGUUUGGCUUAUUGCAGAUCCCUUCUGUUAUCCACAAAGAUGACUGUGGUUAUUGCUUUGAAAGCAUGUACAACGAUGAUCAGAUGGCAUCGCACGCCUUAAAUGUGUGCUUAACGUGCUUCCAGAGCUUCUGCGAUACGCAUAUACCUGUUCACCAGUCUGUAGCCAAAAACGAUUUCAAUGACAAGCACGACUUCCUACUGAAGGUAAGCAAAAUCAGGAAACCAGAACAGAAGCAGCCCAUUGAGAAGAAAUUGAAGCUAGAAAUUACAGAAAAGUCUGAAGAUGAUACCUAUGAAUCGCUUUGGUGGCUCACCAAAGGUGCAGUAAUAAUCGCGGACUAUCGAACUCAGGGCCUUAAUUCUUCGGUAACAACAAAAGUCACAGAGAUACUGAAUGCUCGAUCCAGCAACUUUCAAAAUAUGACCCAGGCUUGGCAACUAGAAGUCAAACCCUGUGUUCAUGUUGAGAACCUUGAGGUCCCAAAUGAUAAUCCUCAAACCGUCGCCAACAGGUGCACAGAUUGUAAGUUAGGAAGUAAUCUUUGGAUGUGUCUUCACUGCGGCAACGUCGGAUGCGGCAGACAGCAGGUGGGCAUUGAAGGACAUUCUCACGCGCUCAAACACUUUGAAAGUAACCCAGGACAUCCAUUGGCAGUAAAAUUGGGUUCUUUGAGUAACUCAGCAGCCGACAUUUAUUGCUACUCCUGUGAUGAUGAGGUCCAAUUCGCCGACACAAAAAAGUGGAUUCAACUACUUUUGUAUUGGGGCAUCGACAUCCAGAGCCGGGUGGCUCAAGAAAAAACCUUGCUUGAGCUGCAGGUUGAGCAAAAUAUGAACUGGGACUUUCAAAUGGUUGAUGCUGAAGGCCAUGAGCUGCGCCACUUAGAGGGAUCGAAGAAAUAUGGGUAUGGUCUGCAAAAUUUGGGGAAUUCGUGUUAUUUGAAUUCAGUUCUGCAGGUCCUUCUUAAUGGCGAUUUAUCUAGGUGGUCGCUGGAAGGCCUUGGCGACUUUCCUGGUGAUGUUCUCUAUGUUUCCAGUAACCUGAGAUGUCAACUGAUUAAAAUGAGAAAUGCUUUGAAAAACGAGCCUGAGAAAUAUCCGCACGGUGUUAAACCCACAACUUUUAAGCACUGUAUUGGUGGGACACAUGAAGAGUUCAGCUCUGGGAGGCAACAGGAUGCGCUUGAGUUCUUUUCUUAUUUUGUCGAUCUACUAGACAAAAAGGUGUUCGAGAAAUCUUCAUCGAAUCCGAAUGAUCUCAUGAAAUUUUCACUUCAGGAUAGGAUUGAGUGUACCAAGUGCCAUGGUGUGAAGUACACAAGCCAGGUUUCUGACUACUUGCAAGUUCUCCUUUCAGAUUCCGAGGAGCCUCAGGAUUUACUGGCCAAUCUUGCACAGAACUUUCAGGGCGAUGAGGUUGAAUUCAAAUGUCCCACCUGCAAUGAGACCACGAAAGCCAAUAAAUCUUGCGGGUUCCGCACUUUCCCAGAGAUUUUAGUGGCGAGCUGUAGUAGAAUAAAGCUUGUGAACUGGGUUCCUGUGAAAACAUCUCAAGAAGUUUUAGUGCCAGGAACACAAGCUGCAGACACCGCGAUAUUGGAACUUGGCCAAUUCAAGUCCAAUGGAUUCGAUCCAGAUAAUGAGACACUCCUUGAAAAGGGCGAACCCGCUGGGUUUGAGCCUAAAGCGAACUGCAUUAUUCAACUUACGGAGAUGGGGUUUUCGGAAAAUGCUGCAGUCAGAGCUUUGUAUCACAGCGGUAACAGCAGCGCAGAAGUUGCUGCCAACUGGCUUUUCCAACACAUGGACGAUGCAGACCUGAAUGAUCCUUUUAUUGUACCAAGUGCGCCCUCAAAAGCAGCUGAGGUUAACCCACAAGCGCUUGAGAACAUGGCUGCUAUGGGCCUGAACCCGGAACUGUGCCGGAAAGCUCUCAUCAUUAACCAAGGCAACGUUAGCGCUAGUGUCGAAUGGGUUUUCAACAACCUUGAUUACUGCGACAGUAGCAUUCAAGAGUCGACAGUAGAUGAGGAUGACAAAGAAUAUGGGAUUACUGACAAAGACAAAGCCAAUUACAGACUUAAGGCAGUGGUCUGCCAUAAGGGAGCGUCGGUUCAUUCCGGACACUAUGUGGCAUUUAUCAAAAAACAAGUCGAAAACGAAGUCAAAUGGGUUCUUUAUAACGACGAAAAGAUCGUUGUUGCGGAUAGCCCUACAAAUAUCGAAGAAAUCAAGAAGAACGGCUACAUUUACUUCUUCGAUCGCUCUUAG